AAUAUCAAAACCAUCAAGUUUCCUGCUGUUGAGGUUGGAUUGCCAGAAGGAUGCGAAAACACAGAUUCGAUCACUUCUCAUGAGACAAAGAGAGAAAUGACCAAAAAACUUUUCAUGGCCACAACCAUGCUCCAACAACCACUUGAGAAGCUACUACAAGAAUGCCACCCUGAUUGUCUUAUUGCCGACAUGUUCCUUCCUUGGACUACUGAUGCUGUAGCCAAAUUUGGGAUUCCAAGAUUAGUAUUUCAUGGCAUCAGUUGCUUUUCUUUGUGCACUUCAGAUUGCUUGAACAAAUAUAUGCCGUAUAAGAAAAGUUCUUCUAAUUCUGAGCUGUUUGUGGUGCUUGAGCUUCCUGGUGACAUCAAGUUCAGAAGCAAGCACCUGCCAGAAUAUAUGAAACAAAACGUGGAAACUGAUUUUACUAGGUUAAUUCAAAAGGUUAGAGAAUCUUCAGUGAAGAUUUUUGGGAUCAUCGUCAAUAGUUUUUAUGAGCUCGAGUUGGAUUAUGCUAAUUUUUUCAAGGAGUUAGGGAGGAAGGCAUGGCAUAUAGGCCCGAUUUCGCUAUGCAAUAGAGAAUUUAAAGAUAAAGCACAAAAAGGAAAGAAAGCUUUAAUUGACAAACAUGAGUGUUUGAAAUGGCUUGACUCAAAGAAGCCUAAUUCAGUUGUUUAUAUAUGCUUUGGAACUGUAGCCAUUUUCAGUGAUUCUCAGCUAAAGGAGAUUGUGUUGAAUUUUCUUGAGGGACCUGUAAUGGAGGUUGAAGCAAGUUUUUCUCACAUUUCUUCUCCUAUCUUUAAUGGAGAAAACUAUCAACUCUGGGCAGUGAGAAUGGAGACUUAUUUGGAGGCUUUAGAUCUUUGGGAGGCAAUUGAAGAGGACUAUGAUGUUCCUCCAUUACCGAAUAAUCCAACCAUGGCCCAGAUCAAGAGUCACAGAGAGAGGAAAACCAAGAAAUCAAAAAGCAAAAGCAUGUCUAUUUGCUGCUAUUUCAACAACUAUUUUCACAAGAAUCAUGUCUCUUAA